AAUAAAUACACAGACACAAAACAGCUGCCAUGAAUACUGAUAAAACUGAGAAAGAAAAUCGAAUGGAUAAUAUUAAUAAAAUGAAAUCAUUUAUUAUGAAUUUCAGCCUUAAUGACUGUAAACCUCAUGGCAACCAGGGCUAUAAGCGAGUGCUUCUGCAGCUGUUCGGUUAUUUAGGUCACGGCAAAUCGUCUUUUAUUAACACCUGUAAGUACGUCCUGGAGGAAGGAGCAUAUAAAAUUUAUUCUGAUGUUGGUAGUUCAGAUGGAGGGAAGACCACAAAGAGAAUAUCGUACCCACUCACAAGCAACAUCACACUGGUCGAUAACCGCGGGUGCGCAAUGAUGAGUGAUCAAGAGACGGGGGAAAUCUAUGCUCAGCUCAGUAAUCUGCUGCCUCUGGACCAGGAAGUGCAGUGGCAAAGGGGGUAUAUGGGUAUAAUGACAAGAAUGGUGGAAGCCGACAAGAAUGCCAAUUACUCAGAUUUUAUAGUUCCCAUUUUUGUAUACAGUGUUAAGAAAGGGAUUUCAGAUGAAGAAUUGCCAGAAAUAAAGAAAUUGAUUAAAAAUGCCUGGGAUCUAACAGGAAUUAUUCCUAUUGUGGUUCUCACUUUUAAAAAUCAAGGAAAUGUGACUGAUGUUGAAGCAAAAUUUAAUAACAUAGGAAUAGAUUAUAUAUUCAAACUUGAGAACUUCACCAUAAAUGAAAAUAACAAAGACGCAGAUAGAUGCGAGGAAGUUCUAAUGUUCCUCAGUGAGAUUCUGAAGGAUGUGGAAUUUCACAUGAGAGACACGAGGAAUUGCAAAAAAGAGAGAGCAGAGAGAAAGAAAUUUGUGUUGGGUUUUGCUCAUGAUACAGAAGUGAAUGAAGAAAAGCGACAGAAGGACAUGGAAUUAGAAAGAGAGCGGGAACAAGCCAGACAGAGACAACGGGAAGAAGAGAGAAGAAGACGAGAAGAAGAAGAGAGAAGAAGACAAGAGGAAAAAAAUAAGGGAGGCUGCAGUAUUCAGUAAAGGAUUUGUGAUGAUUAAAUGAAGUUAAUGAUGAACUAGUCAGUCUGCUCUCAUUCCCUAAACCCCUUUGUCACUGCCACAAUACCCUGUUCAUCUGCCAUUGCAAGGCGCUUAGAAAGUUGUAGGAGCACAACUGACAGCUGUUUGACCAUGGUAUUUCUGCAUUGCCCUCAUUUAUUAGAGUUAUUUUAUCAUAUAACUUGUCUCUUUUCUCUUUUGUUAUAAGAACUGUUACAUGGCUGUAUAUUGUUAUUGUCUUUCAUUGAAUGUAAAUACAAAUAAAAACCAAUAAAUGUAAUUAAGAGAAUUAGUAUCUCA